CCUAACCGCCCGAUUCGGUUGUUUUGGGAUAGCAACUGGAGAGUACCAUACACUGAUUAAUAAGGUACCAGAAGGCUUGCAUACAAUGAUUUCUGUACAUUGGAAUCGAUUGAAUGUUAUUUUGAGUCACAUCUCGGUGAGUGGUGUAAGAUGGGUGACCACCACAUCACAAGGCUCCCAGCAUUUGGCAUCCAAGCCAGACACAGGUGAAGUUAAGGUGCCAGAUCCUGCUUCAAUUGAAGAACUAAAACAGAAACUCUGCAUUCAGUUCUCCAGAGCAAAACUUGGACACUUCACUCAAACACCACCACAUCAGGACAAUAUCUUUACCAACAAUGCAUUUCUCACUUCCUUUUUGAGCCGAGUUCUGCCAAAGGAGAUCUACGGUACUAUACGGGACGACUUGACUCGCUUUGGUCGAAGGGCAGUGACUGAUAUAUACCGCCUGGGAAGGGAAUGUGAACUCAAUCAGCCAUAUGUUCGAACCUUUGAUGCUUGGGGCAACAGAACUGAUGAAAUAGUUACCUGUCAAGCUUGGAAGGACCUUAAAAAAAUUUCUGCAGAAGAGGGUUUAAUUGCUACAGCCUACGAAGGAAAGUAUGGAGAGUAUGAUCGACUAUACCAGAUGGUUAAGCUGUAUAUUUUCUCACCUGUUUCCGGCCUGUAUUCCUGUCCUUUAGCAAUGACAGACGGUGCUGCUAAAACAGCAAAGGUGAUAAACUCAACUCACUUGCAAGAAGCUUAUCAACAUCUUACCUCACGUGAUCCGCAGCAGUUUUGGACAUCAGGCCAAUGGAUGACGGAAAAACGAGGUGGAUCAGAUGUGAGUGGAUCAACAGAGACUGUAGCACUGGAGCAGCCUGACGGCACUUACCAACUGUUUGGUUAUAAGUGGUUUAGUUCUGCUACUGAUGCUGACAUGACACUUACCCUGGCUAAUAUCAUCUCUGAAGAUCAGCCUGAGCCAAAACCUCGAGGACUGACAAUGUUUUACCUAGAAACAAAGAGAGAAGAUGGCACAUCAAAUGGCAUAGAAGUAGUUAAACUGAAGAAUAAGUUGGGUACUCGCCAGUUACCCACAGCAGAGCUUCUACUAGAUGGUGCAGUGGCGCACCAGCUUUCACCUGAGGGACGUGGCAUCGCUUCAAUUGCAAACAUGCUUACUAUCACUAGGAUGCACAAUUCUGUAUCUGCAUGUGCUUCAAUGAGGAGAAUACUCCAACUAGCACGAGACUACAGUCAGCGUCGCUCAGCAUUUGGACAGAUGGUAGAGUCUCACACAUUGCACCAGCUCACAGCUUCAAGGAUGGAGGUUGCUACUAGGGGAUGUGAAAUGCUCACUUUCCAUGUUGCUAGACUUCUUGGUCGGGAGGAGGCAGGUGUCGCCACUCAGGAAGAGUCUCUGAUCCUUCGCAUUGUAACUCCCAUCUUGAAAUUUUUCACGGCUAAGAUGGCCAUGGAGAUAGUUUCAGAAGGCUUAGAAUGUUUCGGUGGGCAGGGCUACAUCGAGGACACUGGCUUACCUUCUUACUUACGAGAUGCUCAGGUGUUACCAAUUUGGGAAGGUACAUCGAAUAUUAUGUCGUUGGAUUUCCUUCGCGCUGUGACAAAAACUAAUGGAAAAGCCUUGACUGCUUUGUGUGAAGAUGUAAAAGGCCGAGUACAAGGUGUGAUGUCAAGUGCCAUACCGGAAGGCUUGAGGGACUCUUGCCAGAAAGUGACUCUAGCCAUGGAGGAGCUCAUCAACUUCCUGCAGAAGCAUCCAAAUCUUAUCCUCCCAGCAUCGAGAGACAUUGCCACAUCAAUUGCGCACAUUUAUAUUGGAUGUCUCCUGGUUGAUCAUGCUGCAUGGGAAAAAAGCACCAACAGCGAAGAAGUAGCGAACAGAUGGUGUCGGGCGCCUCUAACCUACCUUACAAUCGAGCAAUACUCGGCUGAUAAUCAGGCCUUGGUUAUGGAAGGUUACAACCCAAGUGAAGUUUAUGGACCCAUGUUUUAAGUAAAUGCUCAGCAUAAUGGAUCAAAAAUAUAUUUGCUGAAUUUUAUAAGGCGUCUGAUUUCAUACUGUCUGAUUAAGAUGAGGAAGUUUACGGGUGACAAAUGCAGGAAUCUAAGCUUAGGGAAUGAUAGUUAUGAGAUAUCAGCUGGACAAUGUUGAAAUUAUGAAGGUUGAAUGCAAAAGAGAUCUAUUUAUAAUUAUUAAUUCACAAAUGUAUUUAACAUUCCUAUUCAUGUUGAAAAUAAGACAAAUUUGAAACCAAGAUACAUAAGAAGAAGUGUUAAUAAUUAGACAUUUAAUGUUAUUCUUCUGCUUUCUCUGUACAUUCUAAAGAAGUUAAUAAAGUCUACAUAGGUAGUUAAUCCUUUGGUUUAUAGUAAUAAUAAUAAUAAUCAUUGUGUCGGGGAACAGGAAGCCAAUGUGUAUUCAUUCACUUUUGGCUUUUAUUGAGGCUCCCCCCCCCCUCCAAGGCUGAGUUAAAGACCCCGCCCAGGAUGCAACCCCACAACAAGCUGACUAACUCUCGAGUACAUACUGACUGCUAGGUGAACAGGCGCAUUAGGUCAAAGGAAAUGUGCCCAACCAUUUCUGUCCCGCCUGGGAUUCAAGCCCGGAAUUCUUGAUUGUGCAUCGAGAACGAACCCAACUGUAUUACUGGGACCCUCUUAGGACCCUUUCUUAUGAAAAGACAGAUUAAGAAACCUUAAUUUACAUUUUCUUGACAGGGAAAGAGCAAAAGGAGGGUAAGACAUGAUGGAAAUAUUCAAAAGGAUGAAAAGCUUUAACAAUGGAUGUUAAUAAGGGAAUUAAGUAUGUCAGUACAAAAGUUAACAUGAAUCAGGAUACAAAAUCUGCCUCAGACGUUGUUUUUGUUGACUUAAGAAAUAUUACUGGAUAACAUAUAUAAUAAGAUGUGGGAUCACUUCAAAUGACACUAGCAUAUACUGUAUGUGUGGGUGAGUUUAGUUGGAUAUAGAAAGAAACUGCCUUGUAUAAGUCAAUAUGCCUUUUGCAGUUUCGUCAGUACAGUACUUAUGUUCUAAAGAUAAAAUGUUAAAAAAUUAAAUUCAUUACUAAUAAUGCAUGCAAUGCAUGCUACAUAUAGUUUUCCCCCGACUUGGUGCCUUUGUUUGAUAAUUACUUUCUAAUAAUGUAGUACAGUAUUGUACGCAAUAAGAAAUUUGUAUGCAUUGCAAAUAAGAUUAUCACGUAAUUUUUGAUAAUAUGUAUCUUAACAUUAUAUGUUGAGUGUGCCAUUGCCUGCCAUGGCUUUAUAUAUAUUUUGGUUUGUACAAUUCAAAUAAAAAUUCUAGAACUAUAUUGCACGUGAAUGUCAUGAAAGUACUCAGUUUAGUGGGUUUAAAUUAAUAGCUGAAACAUUUUUAAGGGCAGAGUUGUGGUGAUAUAAAUGAACACUGUAUUACAUGCCUGGAUCUUCUAACUGAGGCCAGUGGUAUUACCUGUUUCUUGUAAAUUUGUGUUUUCUAAAUUAUAUUAGUUUUGCUCAUGGAAUAUGCCACUGUUUGAUCCCAGGCUCUAUAUGAUAAUUAGUUGCUGUUCAUAGGUGUUUUUCUUUAAUGAUGUAUUUGGCUGCUGGAAACUAAUUUUAUACUUUAGAGAUGUAAAGAGUAUAAAAUAAUAUACAGUAUAUUUUUAUAUAGCAAGUAUAUUUAAUAUAUUGUCAUUUGUAGUGGCUAAGUGGUUUCACAUGGUCAUACUGUUCAUAGAGAUUAUUUGUUUUCUUUAUGUAUUUUACUUAAGACUGGGAGACCUAGGGUUAUACUUAUAGUUAAUUUGUUCUGCAAAAUAAAGGGUAUUCAAUUU